AUAUUGAAAAAGCCAUUGAUAAUAAGAUUCAAGGAACAUCAGUUGCACAUAUUGAGCAAAAGAGGAAUGUUGGAAAAAUUGUAGAUACAAUUGCUGGAGUAUCUAAUUGGUAUUCUUGGAAGUGGCCAAUUGACGAGGAUUUAUAUUUGCUUCAAUUCACAAAACCUGAACCAAUGUUUACACCACAUCCUAUGCCAAAGAAGAAAUGA